GGUGUGGCCCGGAGUUUCCCCAUUCCGCGGAAGGGAACGCCGAGGCUGCGCGGCAACUCUGCGCUCGGCACCUACUUCCGCGGGAGUUUCUCUAGGUCACGUCUUCUCUUCUGACUGGCGCCGGGGAUGGAGUCGCCUCCUGAGGAUAUGCGGUCGGACCAGAGACGCUUCCACCUGAGGCCAAGAUGAGGAGCCAUUCAGAGUAGCUGCCGCCUCUGGGGGACCCCGGCAUCCUGGGCAGCCCCACCGGUCUGGACAGAGCCCUGCUGGCAGGAACCAUGGCAGAGGCCGGGGAUGGGGCCCUCUCAGUGGCCGAGUGGCUGCGAGCCCUGCACCUGGAGCAGUACACGAGGCUCUUCGAGCAGCACGGCCUGGUGUGGGCCACAGACUGCCAAGGCCUCAGCGACGCUCGCCUGGUGGACAUGGGCAUGGUGCUCCCCGGCCACCGCCGCCGCAUCCUGGCUGGCCUGCUCCGCGCCCGCACACCCCCAGCCCCUGCACCCCGCCUGGCCCCACGGCCGGUGCCCAUGAAGCGUCAUGUCUUCCGCUCACCACCCACACCCUCCACUCCCCCAGAGCCGCAGCCCGUGGCUGGAGAGGACGAGGGGCUGCCCACCGCCCCACCCAUCCCGCCCCGGAAGAGCUGCCUUCCGCCCACCUGCUUCUCCGCCCCGCCCACAGCGGCCCCGGACCCUGCAGUGCCCCCGCUGCCCGCCAAGCGGCAUUUGACAGAGCUCAGCCUUCCGCCCGUGCCCCCCCGCACCGGGCCCCCCCGCCCGCUGGCGAGCCUUCCCUCCAAGGAAGAGGAACUACUGUCACCACCAUCACCGUCCCCUCCCGAACCGGAGCCUGCGGAGUCCCCGGCCACUUUCCCCAGGGGGCCUCCUCAGCCCCCGUCUGCACCUUGCAGCCCCCCAGAGGUCCCUCCGAAGCCCGCCCGCUUGCCCCCGGAGUUUGAUGACUCUGACUACGAUGAUGUCCCAGAGGAGGGGCCAAGGGCCCCAGCUGCCAUGAUGACCAAGAAGGAGGAGCCCCCAGCGAGUCAAGUCCCACGGGCCGUGCGUGUGGCCAGUCUGCUGAGCGAGGGGGAGGACCUGUCUGGAGACGACCAAGGGGAUGAAGAUGAAGAUGACUAUGCCUACGAGCGUGUCCCCAAUGGUGACUGGCACACGAGCAGCCUGAGCGCAUCUUUGCCCAGCAGCCUCCUGACCCCUGAGCUUCCCCCGCACCCCAUGGACGGGUUGCCCGUGGGCCCCACCCCGCCCCCACUGGUCAUCAAAGCUGGCUGGCUGGACAAGAACCCCCCGCAGGGAUCUUACAUCUAUCAGAAGCGAUGGGUGAGACUGGAUGCCAGUCACCUGCGGUACUUCGACAGUAACAAGGAUGCCUACUCAAAGCGCUUUGUCCCCGUGGCCUGCAUCUCCCGAGUGGCUGCUAUUGGGGACCAAAAGUUCGAAGUGAUCACGAACAACCGGACCUUUGCCUUCCGGGCAGAGAGUGAUGCGGAGCGGAAGGAGUGGAUGCAGGCCCUGCAGCAGGCAGUGGCUGAGCAGCGUGCCCGGGCCCGCAUGUCUAGCGCUUACCCAUUGGGUGUUCAAGGCUCAGAGCCCCAUGACCAUGCUGGCAGCCUGGAGCUUCGUGGCUUCAAGAAUAAACUCUAUGUGGCUGUGGUCGGGGACAAAGUUCAGCUUUACAAGAAUCUGGAGCCCCCAGCCUUGCCCUCACCCCUUCCCACCUACUACCAGGAGUACCACCUGGGCAUCGGCAUCACCUUCAUUGACAUGAGCGUGGGCAACGUGAAGGAAGCGGCCGACCGGCGCAGCUUCGACCUUACCACCCCCUACCGCAUCUUCAGCUUCUCAGCUGAAUCGGAGCUGGAGAAGGAGCAGUGGCUGGAGGCCAUGCAGGGAGCCAUCGCUGAGGCCCUGUCCACCUCGGAGGUGGCCGAGCGCAUCUGGGCCACAGCCCCCAACAGGUUCUGUGCUGACUGCGGGGCUGCCCAGCCUGACUGGGCCUCCAUCAACCUCUGUGUCGUCAUCUGCAAGCGUUGUGCAGGGGAGCACCGUGGCCUGGGUGCUGGUGUCUCCAAGGUGCGGAGCCUGAAAAUGGACAGGAAGGUGUGGACGGAAACACUUAUCGAGCUCUUCUUACAGCUGGGCAAUGCUGCCGGGAACCACUUCUGGGCAGCCAACGUGCCCCCCAGCGAGGCCCUGCAGCCCAACAGCAGCCCCAGUGCUCGGCGGUGCCACCUAGAAGCCAAAUACCGUGAGGGCAAGUACCGCCGCUACCACCCACUCUUUGGCAACCAGGAGGAGCUGGACAAGGCCCUGUGUGCCGCAGUCACCACCUCAGACCUGGCUGAGACCCAGGCGCUCCUGGGCUGUGGGGCUGGGGUCAACUGCUUCUCAGGGGACCCCGAGGCCCCCACGCCCCUGGCUCUUGCCGAGCAGGCGGGACAGACGCUGCAGAUGGAAUUCCUUCGGAACAACCGGACCACAGAGGUACCUCGGCUGGAUUCAGUGAGGCCUCUGGAAAAGCACUACUCAGUUAUCCUGCCAACUGUGAGCCACAGCAGCUUCGUCUACAAGACUGCUUCUGCAGGGAAGCUGCUGCAGGACCGCCGGGCCCGGGAAGAGUUCAGCCGACGGUGGUGUGUGCUUAGCGACGGGGUCCUGAGCUACUAUGAGAAUGAGCGGGCAGUGACCCCCAACGGGGAGAUCCGGGCCAGCGAGAUUGUGUGUCUGGCAGUGCCCACUCCUGACACCCACGGUUUUGAGCAUACCUUUGAAGUGUACACAGAAGGAGAGCGGCUAUACCUGUUUGGGCUGGAUAGCGCAGAGCUGGCUCGUGAGUGGGUCAAGUGCAUUGCCAAGGCGUUCGUGCCUCCCCUGGCUGAGGAUCUGCUGGCUCGGGACUUUGAGAGGCUUGGACGCCUUCCCUACAAAGCUGGCCUGAGCCUACAGCGGGCCCAGGAGGGCUGGUUUGCUCUCACCGGCUCUGAGCUCUACGCUGUCUUCCCAGAGGGGCCCUGUGAGGAGCCGCUGCAACUUCGGAAACUACAGGAGCUUUCCGUCCAGGGGGACAAUGAGAACCAGGUGCUGGUGCUGGUGGAACGGCGGAGGACGCUGUACAUCCAGGGGGAGCGGCGGCUGGACUUCAUGGGCUGGCUCGGGGCCAUCCAGAAAGCAGCGGCCAGCUCGGGGGACACGCUGUCAGAGCAGCAGCUAGGAGAUUCCGAUAUCCCCGUGAUUGUGUACCGCUGUGUGGACUACAUCACGCAGUGCGGCCUGACCUCGGAGGGUAUCUACCGCAAGUGUGGUCAGACUUCAAAGACACUACGGCUGCUGGAGAGCUUACGGUUGGACGCUCGCUCCGUGCGCCUCAAGGAGGGCGAGCAGCACGUGGACGACGUCUCCUCUGCACUCAAGCGCUUCCUGCGAGAUCUGCCCGAUGGGCUCUUCACUCGAGUCCAGCGCCUAGCCUGGCUGGAGGCCUCAGAGAUUGAGGAUGAGGAGGAGAAGGUGUCCAGGUACCGAGAGCUUCUGGCACGUCUGCCCCCAGUCAACCGGGCCACAGUGAAGGCUCUUAUCAGCCACUUGUACUGUGUCCAGUGCUUCUCAGACACGAACCAGAUGAACACGCACAACCUGGCUAUUGUGUUUGGGCCCACGCUCUUCCAGACAGAUGGGCAGGACUACAAGGCUGGCCGUGUGGUGGAAGACCUCAUCAACCACUAUGUGGUGGUGUUUAGCGUGGAUGAGGAGGAGCUGAGGAAGCAGCGGGAGGAGGUCACUGCCAUCGUGAAGAUGCGUGUGGCUGGCACUGCUAGCGGGACCCAGCACGCCGGUGACUUCAUCUGUACCGUGUACCUAGAGGAGAAGAAGGCAGAGGCGGAGCAACAUGUCAAGAUCCCAGCAUCCAUGACCGCGGAGGAGCUUACCUUGGAGAUCCUGGAUCGCAGGAAUGUGGGCAUCAGGGAGAAGGACUAUUGGACCUGCUUUGAGGUCAACGAGAGGGAGGAGGCAGAGCGCCCCCUGCACUUUGCGGAGAAGGUGCUUCCCAUCUUACACGGGCUGGGCACAGAUAGCUACCUGGUGGUGAAGAAGCACCAGUCCAUGGAGGCCAUGCUGCUGUACCUAGCCAGCCACGUGGGCGAGACCAAGCAUGGCAUGAUGAAGUUCCGAGAGGACCGCAGCCUCCUGGGCCUGGGCCUGCCCACAGGCGGCUUCCACGAUCGCUACUUCAUCCUCAACAGCAGCUGCCUGCGGCUCUAUAAGGAGGUCCGGAGCCAGAGGCCAUGGAGCGGGGCCCCUGAGACCAGUCACCGGCCUGAGAAGGAGUGGCCUGUCAGGAGUCUCAAGGUCUACUUGGGAGUGAAGAAGAAACUCCGGCCACCCACCUGCUGGGGCUUCACGGUGAUACACGAGACGGAGAAACACGAGAAGCAGCAGUGGUACCUGUGCUGUGAGACACAGAUGGAGCUCCGGGAGUGGUUCGCCACCUUCCUUUUCGUGCAGCACGACGGCCUGGUGUGGCCCUCGGAACCCUCACGUGUGUCCCGGGCGGCGCCUGAGGUCCGGCUGGGCAGCAUUUCGCUGAUCCCCCUGCGAGGCAGCGAGAACGAGAUGCGCCGGAGUGUGGCCGCCUUUUCUGCGGACCCCCUCUCUCUUCUCCGAAACGUCUGAGCCCUGUUGGAACUCUGCCACGCCGUCACCACCGUGAAGCCUUUCCUGGGCAGAUGCCCUCAUGCCCUGCGUGCCUGGCGUGAGCCAGCAGGGGGCGCCUGAGGAAGCCGCAUCCACACGCCCCUCAUCCUGACUGCAGCCUGGGGUUCCCUGGCCAGGACAUGGGGGGCAGGCAGCAGGGUCUGCCUGAGGAGGAAUUCCUUACCUGCUCUGUCCAGGUGCUCAGCCCUCCUGGCCUGCUCCCCUGCAGGGUCACCCACUCUGAGUUUGGAGGGGUUGGAAAGAUGGGCGUCUGUCAGGAACCCUGGCAGGCUGCCGUCCUUUCAGAGGCUCUAGGCCCCGAGGCCCCCGCUGGAAGGGAGCCCACCCUUUGGCCACAAACUCCAGAACAGCCGAAAGCGGAUGCUCUGAAGGAACACUCAGCUGGGGUGGGGAGGGAGCUCUGGGUAAAUGUGUACAGGGCCGAGAACUGGACUCGGGGGACUUCAGCCCCCCUUCUGUUCUGGGCUUACUGGGAGGGCCCAGGCUGCCCCGUGCCCCUUCCCCACUUUGGGGACCUUUUGAUAAUAUAAAUAUAUCUGUAUAUUUUA